AUAAUCAGUACUGUUCCAGUAGACUUGGGCGUUCCUGUCAUCCCUCAUGCAACAUUCCUUCAACCAAUGCCCCUACUGCAGCUUUACGAUGUGGGAAUGUUCGUACUCAGCAGCGACGUCGAGGCUUUUGUGUGUGGCUUGAUCCAUUCGUGUAUCUCCGUCGAGCUUCGAUUCUCUCAUCUCCUGCCUCCUCAUUCGCCAUGUCUGGGGGCCGGCUUGGCGUUGAUGGAAAUUCGCCAGGUUUCCAAUAUCAAUAUCAGAUUCAGCAAUCAAGACAGCAGCAGCAACCUCUGCCAUCUGUUCCUUCCGCUGCAACACUACGAAGUCUUUUGGGCGAGAUCGAUUCUACUGGGGCACGAAUAUUUUCCACUCGUGAGCUUCUGAUGAAUAGUGACUCGGAAGACGAUGAGAAUGGCGUUGGGACAGAGAAAACUAUUAUAUCACGAACAAGUAGUCCUAGCAACGAUCUCGCCAUCGUUACCCACGACGAUCCGUCUACUUUUCCUGCUCUUACGGCCCCUGCUUCUCUCACUGACGAGCAUCUAGUUUCAAAGGCGUCUGAUGCGGCAAUCGGAUUGGCCACUUGUGUAUCCUUAAACAGUGAUGAGACUCCCUCCAUCGUGCCCCCCAGUAAAUUAGCUCCUGAUCACAAUUUAUCACCUACUCCAUUGACUUUUAUAGUUGGUGCUUCUUCUGAUUGCUCUAAAAUGCAUCCUGAGCCUAUCCCACUUGUAUCUAGACCAGCGAAGAUACGUGAACCAAGUGCUGUAUUUAAUGACUAUACCUCUAAUGAGGGGAAAGAGGAGCUGAAGAAAGAGAACAUCAUGUGCAAAAGUGAUCGAGGGAUAGUUCAAUCGAGUCGGGGUAGACGAUAUAGUCUACCAGAUUUCUGUCCUGUAGCUCCGUUUUCUAUACUUGACAAACUCAAAGCCCUUCACAGCUGGACAGUCAGUUCUGAUGCCGAGGUCGAUGAUGGCGAGGAUGAAUGUUUUCUAAUGUCAAUCCCAUCAGGAAAUAUGAGUAGUUACGCAUUCGAUCAAGUCGCAAUGGCGACUCCUCAGUUAAUGCUGGGACCUGUCACCUAUCUCGAGGAUCCGGAACCGCCUUCUUGUAAAUCAAGAUCGCUUUUGCAGUUCUGA